GUGCUUUUAUUGGACGAGAUGCUAAUCAAUCUGGGCCUGGGCCUAUCGAGUUCCAUUGUCAAAACUUGAUCAAUCGGUGCGAAUAAUUCGAAUUCUCCACAGUCUGAUUGCCUCUGUCUCUUUGGUGAAGGUGAACAAAAAGAAGAAAGACUCGAGUGAUAAUCCCAAGAACUCACCAAGACGAAAUAAACUUGAUCGGCAAAGAUCAAUAUGUGCAAUUCUCAGUUCCACAGCUUCCUCAAGGCUUUGCCAAAGGUCGAGCAGCAUCUUCAUAUUGAGGGAACUCUUGAGCCUGAGCUUCUCUUCUCCCUCGCUGAGAAGAACGGGAUCAAAUUGCCAGAAGAUCCUGUCUAUGAGUCGGCUGAUAAGUUGCGAGAGCGCUAUGGAAGAUUCACAUGUCUCGAUGACUUCCUGCACUACUACUACCUCGGGAUGAGCGUGCUUAUCACCGAAAACGACUUUGAGACUCUUGCGUACCAGUAUUUCCAGCGCGCUGCGAGCGAAAAGGUUCGACAUGCUGAGAUCUUCUUCGAUCCUCAGGCGCACACCGCUCGAGGUGUCAGCUACGACACCGUCGUCGCGGGACUUACAGCCGCCAAGCGUCGUGCUCAGAAGGAGUUGGGUAUUACUGUCGAGCUGAUUGUCUGUAUUCUUCGCCAUCUGCCUGUUCCCGAGUCUCAUGCUCUUGUCGAUACUCUUCUGGACCGCGGCCACUUCAACGAUGGCACCCUGACAGGCUUUGGCAUGGUCUCGAGCGAGAAGGCGUUCCCUCCUGAGCUCUUCACCGAGGUCUAUGCCCGUGUUGCAAAGACUGGUACUCAUCUCACCACUCACGCCGGCGAGGAAGCACCUCCUUCUUUCAUCACUGCCUCACUUGAGCAUCUGAAGGUUUCGCGCAUCGACCACGGUCUCGCAGCCGCUCAGGAUCCCGAACUCCUCAAAAGACUGGCUGCCAACCGCACCCUCUUGACUUUCUGCCCCUGGUCAAACGUAGCUCUCUGCAACCUGCCCGAACUCGCCGACGCCCCUGUGCGCAAGUUCCUCGAUGCUGGCGUCCUCUUCAGUGUCAACAGUGACGAUCCUGCUUACUUUGGCGCCUACGUCCAGGAAGUCUACUGCCGCGUCCAGGAUACCUUUAGCCUCUCCGUUAAGGACUGGGCAUGGAUCGUCCGCGGUGCCGUUGAGGAAAGCUGGUGCUCUGAUGAGCGCAAGCAGGAGAUUCUCAAAGAGCUGGAGCAAGUGUUGGAAGAGUACAAGGAUUUGAAGGCGUGAGCUGUGAUUCAAAAGUCAAGAAGGCGUUGGGGAUAGCGGAAGGGAUACGGUAGAAAUACCCCGAUGUGUAUGUAGAUAGGACGGUUAACUGGAAAUGCAACUCGCUAUAUUUCCGACG